CUGAAUUGUUGUAUGCUGUAGAGGAGAAUAAUGUGGAAUGUUGUCGUGCUCUGAUAGACCAUGGUGCUGACGUUAAUGCCAGUGGCAGAUAUGGGAUGACUGCAUUGAUAUAUGCUGUAGAGAGGAAUAAUGUGGAAUGUUGUCGUGCUCUGAUAGACCAUGGUGCUGACGUUAAUGUCAUUGACGGAAAUGGGAAGACUGCAUUGUUGUAUGCUGUAGAGGAGAAUAAUGUGGAAUGUUGUCGUGCUCUGAUAGACCAUGGUGCUGACGUUAAUGCCAGUGGCAGAUAUGGGAUGACUGCAUUGAUAUAUGCUGUAGAGAGGAAUAAUGUGGAAUGUUGUCGUGCUCUGAUAGACCAUGGUACUGACGUUAAUGCCAGAGACGACGGGUGGAAGACUGCAUUGAUGUAUGCUGUAGAGAAGAAUAAUGUGGAAUGUUGUCGUGCUCUGAUAGACCAUGGUGCUGACGUUAAUGCCAGUGGCGACGAUGAGAAGACUCCAUUGAUGUAUACUGUAGAGAGGAAUAGUGUGGAAUGUUGUCGUGCUCUGAUAGACCAUGGUGCUGACGUUAAUGCCAGUGACGACGAUGGGAAGAGUGCAUUGAUGUAUGCUGUAGAGAAUAUUGAUGAUGUGGAAUGCUGUCGUGCUCUGAUAGACCAUGGUGCUGACGUUAAUGCCAGUGGCGGAUAUGGGAUGACUGCAUUGAUGUAUGCUGUAGAGAAGAAUAAUGUGGAAUGUUGUCGUGCUCUGAUAGACCAUGGUGCUGACGUUAAUGCCAGUGGCAGAUAUGGGAUGACUGCAUUGAUAUAUGCUGUAAAGAGGAAUAAUGUGGAAUGUUGUCGUGCUCUGAUAGACCAUGGUGCUGACGUUAAUGCCAGUGACCACGAUGGGAAGAGUGCAGUGAUAUAUGCUGUAGAGAAUAUUGAUAAUGUGGAAUGCUGUCGUGCUCUGAUAGACCAUGGUGCUGACGUUAAUGUCAUUGACGGAUAUAGGAAGACUGCAUUGAUAUAUGCUGUAGAGAAGAAUAAUGUGGAAUGUUGUCGUGCUAUGAUAGACCAUGGUGCUGACGUUAAUGCCAGUGACGACGAUGGGAAGAGUGCAUUGAUAUAUGCUGUAGAGGAGAAUAAUGUGGAAUGUUGGCGUGCUCUGAUAGACCAUGGUGCUGACGUUAAUGUCAGAAACGACGUUCGGAAGACUGCAUUGAUAUAUGCUGUAGAGAAGAAUAAUGUGGAAUGUUGUCGUGCUCUGAUAGACCAUGGUGCUGACGUUAAUGCCAGUGACAAGAAUGAGAAGACGACAUUAAUGUAUGCUGU